GUCUGCGGCUGUGUGGCAUAUAAUUAUAAUGCUCCCGCUUCAACUAAGCGUUUUCCUGGGUCGAUAAAGACAACAACGGUCGCUGCAGGGAGCAAAAGUUACGGUCCUUACCUCUUCCCACCAUGGUGCGAUUCGGAAUCUGGAGGAUCGCUCAACUCGCCUUACUAUGGGGGAUUGCGAUUCAAAUCCCUUUCGUCACGCUCAUUUUCAUUUCCGACGGCGUCAAGAGCGACACCUUCCCGCAAGAGCGAGUACUGCUCUUGACCGAAAACUGGGUACCAGCAGAACAGUGGCGGCGCUACGAAGACGAGUUCAUCGCGGUCCGCUGGGACGUUGAGCUACCCGUCGCAGGGACACACUCGACUGGAAGCCUCCUCGUCAAUGAUCGGCAAAUACCUUUGGUCGAGCACUCGAAGGCGUCUCUCACCUUCCACCAGUCACGUAUAUGGGGUCCCCAGCGGUGGAUCCUCCAGAUGUGCGAGAUUGGCGGGUUGACGCCCACGACGGACAGCAGGAUGAUGUAUGCGGUAAUCGGGGAGCGGCUCCAGCGGUCGAAGGACAACGUCGUGCUGGCGGUAGAACUGCAGCAGAGCGCCGGGAGGUGGUCGCUAUACACCAUAGAUGAGCAUGAGGCUCUCGCGACUGUGCCGAUGCUGACCUUCGAGGCGUCUUCGCCGGACGAUCCCACCGCGGUCCCAGAAAUAUACUACGCAGCAGGCGACCCAACCACCCCGUACUGGAAGCAGCGCAUCAUUUUUGGCGCAUGGCUCUACGUCGUCCUCGUGCCCGCCUACAUUAUCUCUAUGGCCGUCACGGUCGCCACGUACAUCGUUUUCACCAUCGGGACGCUCAUCUUCCGCCUGAUCAUGGGGCUUGUCAUCGCCGCGCUCGGCCUCGCCUCUCUAUUCGCGCUUGUAUUCGGCUUUUGGAUGUAUAAGGAGAGUCGGCGGUCCAGCGAGGGCGCCACGACGGCUCCUUUGCCGCCUGCCGCAGGUGGCUCGGAUCAAACAAGCAGGGAGGUCGUCUUCGAUAUUGAUGAGAAGAUUCUCGAAGAGGGUUUGGCUGGAGAUUCUCCCGCGUCUGCUCCCCCUCCUAGCCAGAAAUCAUAGGGUUCAUGGAUGCUUCUCGCUGGGUAACUGCUUAUUGUGAUAUAUAUUAUGGACUCUGCACAGGAGCGCAACGGACUGUGCGGUGUAUUCGCGUGUUUGCCAAUGGCCGAAGCCUAGUCGAUGGAAUGUCACAGGAGCGCGUUCUUACGAGGGGGCGCUAGUACUGAAGCCUUAACCUCAGAGGUAAUGCUUCUGAAUGACCUUCUUGAUAUGAUCCUCC